AUGGAAAUUCCUAAAUAUAUGGAACUAUCUGAUCCUCAGUUUUUUGAGGCAAAAGAGAUUCAGGCUUUAUUGAAUGCGGAUGUUUUCUUCAGAAUAAUGAAAGAUAAUUUUUACAGGGUGAAUGAGGAAUUAUUAUUUAGAGAAACAGAAUUCGGUUGGAUUGCGAGUGGACGACUAGAAGAGGCGAAAACUAUCGAUGCUUUAGAAUCUUGCUUUCUUCUCAACAAUAAUUCUAUAGAAGAUACGUUAAAACAAUUUUUUGAUCUUGAAUCAUUAGGUAUAAGAGAUGAUCCAUGCAUCCAUGAAGAUCAGGCUUUAAAAAUAUUUAAUGAUACAGUGCAGUACAACAACGGCAGAUACAUUGUAGAGUUACCUUUCCAUAAACAUAUUAAAGAAUUAUCUGAUAAUCUUAUUGUAGCUAAACAACGAUUUCAAAAUUUGUGGAGGAGAUCACAGAAAGAUACGGAUCUUCAUUUAAAAUAUGAAGAAAUUAUUCAGGACUAUCUAAACCAGGGCAUAAUAGAAAAGGUAGAUACUUCUGAACUGUGUAAAGAUAAACCAAUUUAUUAUCUGCCUCAUCAAGUAGUGAAAAAAGAAGAUAGGGUCACAACUUCUACACGUAUAGUAUUUGAUGCUACAUCUCAUCAAGCCAACGAGCUCUCUUUAAAUGAUUGUCUGUGGCCAGGGCCCAAUUUAUAUCCAAACCUUCUAGAUGUGUUAAUAAAUUUUAGGCUCAACAAAAUAGCAAUAUCAUCCGACAUUCGGCAGGCUUUUCUUCAAAUUUGCUUGGCGGAUAAACAUAAAGAUGCAGUGCGUUUCUUAUGGACACCAAGUGAUCCUCGUACUGAGAAAAGACCAGUACUUGAAGUUUAUCGUUUUAACCGAGUGAUUUUCGGCGUAAAUGCUAGUCCAUUUCUACUUGCAGCUACAGUGAAACAUCACAUUACGAAAUAUGAAGAAGAGUAUCCUAUUACUGUAAACCAUCUAGAUUCUUACAUGUAUGUAGAUGACUGGAUUACGGGUCAAGACAAUCGAGAAGAAGCUCUUCUUAUUUCUCGCCAUGCUAAGAAUAUCAUGAAGGAAGCGGUAAUGGAAAUGAGAAAAUGGAUCAGCAAUGAUUCGGCUUUGAUGAAUCAGUGGGUAGCAGAGGGUCUCGAUACUUAUCCCAUUGAUACUUCCAUCUGCUUAGGAAGUAACAAGACAAAAGUGCUAGGUAUGGCUUGGCAAACUCAAGACGAUUGCUUCACUCUAGACACAACAAGUUUACUGGAAUUUAUUACUGCCAGUAAAAUUACUAAACGAUCCCUCUUGCAAGCCAUCGGAAAAAUAUUUGACCCACUUGGGUUACUUACACCCUUUACUAUUAGAGUCAAGUGUCUCAUCCAAGAACUUUGGGAAACGAAAAUCACAUGGGAUGAAAUUUUACCCCCCAAAAUUGUAGAAAUAUGGUUGGAGUGGUGUAAAGAGUUACCACUGUUGGAUGAACUAAAAAUACCAAGAUUAGUUCUUGAUUCUACAACUGAAGAGAAAAACGACUCUAUAGAAAUUCAUGUAUUUUGCGACGCUUCAAAACUUGCCUAUGGUGCUUCAGUUUAUGUGAAAUUAAAGAAGCAAGACAAAGUGUAUGUUAACCUCAUCACUUCAAAAACUAGAGUGGCUCCACUGAAAAGUGUUACAUUGCCUCGGCUUGAGCUCCUGGGAGCAUUGGUAGCAUCUCGUCUGAGCUCCAAAGUUCAAGAAAUCAUCGGUCAGAAAAAAAGACUUUACUGUGUUCCACUGGACAGAUUCCAAAAUAGUUCUGUAUUGGAUAAAGGCUCACAUAGAAAGUGGAAACAAUUUGUAAAGAAUAGAGUUCUGGAAAUCACGGGGUUGACAAAUCCUAAUACUUGGUUUCACUGUCCAGGAAAGGACAACCCUUCAGACUUCUUGUCUAGAGGACUCAGUGCUAAAUCUCUCAUAUGUGAAAAUAAGUGGUGGAAUGGUCCAUCAUUUCUACUAUCUGAUGAACUUUCUGAAACUAUUUGUGAGUGUCCAGAGCCAGAUGAAAAAGAUUACUUUCCUGACCUCAAAUCUGAGAAUUCUAAUAUUGUUUUGACUUUAAAUUCUAAUAAAACCUUUUUUGAUUAUCUUAUUAACCGUAGUAAUAGAUAA